GUCAGAAUAAUUUCGUUCCUGGAAAGAAAAAUGUGGAAGUAGGACCCCGUUCGUAAUUGGUUCAAGUUUUAGUUGACUUCGAGAUCUCAAACAAUCCACCAGCCAUGUCCCCUGGCCACUUAAUCCUACUGCAGUUCAGCAUGCACUGUUUCAAGAUCAUUUUCAUCUAUUGCAUCUGUGUUAAUGUCCUGGAACAUCUAGUCCAAAGGGUCCAGGAACACUGAGCUGGAUAAUCCUGGGGGCCAGAAUACGGAAUCAAUAAAAUGCGGCAUCUAUUUCAAAAUUGUAUUGUUCUUUUUUUUCCUCUUUUUGAUGGCAAAUAUUGCAUUUAUACCCGCAAAAUGUGGGCUGACUUUUUUCAUCUCCACUCGAGUUGAAAAUCGAUACGAUUUACCAUGCAAAAGCAGUCGCGGAGAAAACCCGAAACGGAAAUUUAAAUUACCUGCAACGUAAUUACACAAAAGAAUAUGCCAAUAAAAAUGACUUAUGUAUCAAUUUCCUUUACGACACAAUCCCAGACGAAAUGGGGAAGAUGAUGACGAUGAUGAUGAUGAUGAUAACAAUAAAAGGCAACGUAGCACA